GAAAUACGAGAAAGAAGAAAAGGGAAAAAAUAUUAAGAAUGGCGUUGCAGUGGGUGAUUCUAACGUACGUAGUGGCUUCGGAGGCGGUGGUGGCUCUUCUCUUGACCCUUCCCUAUCCCAAGAUGUUGAAGAGACGUUUGGUGUCUCUCUUCUCUCUCGUUGUGCAGCCUGCCCUCUUUAUUGUUCCCUUUAGCGGAUUCCAUCUCUUAGACAUCUACUGGAAGAAUGAACACCGCUUGGAGUGUACCGCUGAGAUCUGCACUGUUGACGAGAGAGAUCGUCACGACAAAUCUAUCUACAAAGCUCAAAGGAAUGUAAUAUUGUGCGUAACCGCAACCUUGCUUUACUGGUGUAUCCACAGCAUUUGUAAGUAUAACAAGAAAAUUGAGAUGUUGGAGGAAGGAGAGAAGAGAUCCAAGGAUGAGUAGUAUUCUUAUCUAAAGCUAGAAUAGAGAGUGGCAUGUAAUA